AUGGUUCUCUUGAGGUAUCUGAAGGGCUUGCUCUUGGAGGAGGGCAGGGAGUUAUUCCUGUUGGCAGCAGAGAAGAAGACUUACAACAAUGGGUUCCAACUAAGGGCAGUUUUAUUUAUACAAAAUGCCUUGAGUGAAAAUCAAACAGUAAGAGGAAAAACUGAUGAUCAGAUUCCAAGCAAGUCAGUUCCUUUCCCCAUCCAAAGGCAACCAGUAACUUGGCAUUGUUUGCUCGUAUUUUUUCCAGCCCUUUCUUGUAAUGUUUCUUUGCAAAGCGCAUGUUCCUCAGGAACUUGGGACCAACCCCCUUCAGAGAUUCGCAAGCGCUUCCGACACUUCCUGAGCAAGCACCAGGACAACCCCAAGUCCUACUAUGGCGAUGACAACAACUACUGCAACAACAUGAUGCCCCGCAAGGGCCUUAGAUGCCAGAGGAGAAACACCUUCAUCCAUGCCACGGAGCGGCAGCUGAGGUCCAUCUGCAAUCGUGGAGGGCAGAUCCAGAACGGCAUCACCACCAGCAGGGACAUAUUCUCCAUCACCACCUGCAAACGGAAGAGGAGGGGCUGGUUCAGGAGGCAGUGCAGGUACAACGGGAAGAGCAAGACAAGGAAAAUCCGGGUCUUUUGCAGGAAAGGCAAGCCGGUCCGCUUCCUCUCCCACCUGUAG